AACAGUUAAGAGAAUUAGCGCCGACUAAUGUUAGUGUUUAUGUGUAGUCAGCACAUAAGAAAGAAUCAAGAUAACGCAAAUGUUACCGUUUGGGUCUUCUACUGUUUACAGAACAAUAAUCGGUUAUAUUUUACCCGAAAAGAAGGCUACACGGGCGGAAGAUGCUGAUUCUGAGAGCGAGGAGGAAGUACAACCGGAGUUUUUGGAUAUGGAAGAAAUGGAAAGCAUUAACUCUGGAGGACAUUUGCUUGAUUCAACCAUACCUACACGAAACGAAGUUGAGUUCCUGGAAAUUAAGUCUGGUAAGAAAUGUAGAGUGGACGGCCGGUUUUGUCUGAAGGACCCAUGGUGGGAGGCUACAUGUAAAACUCGCAAGGCCAGGGCCAAGCUGGUGCUUCAGGGCUACCCUGCCUACCGCCUCCGCUCAGACCUGAAAGGGGACCGAGGCCGCUCCGUCCUGUUUCUGUUCCUCACAGCCUGCGGUGUGGACCCGACGUUUCUCUCCAUGUUCUCCGACUGGCUGCAGACGGACAGGGAGGUGGGGUUUGCUAGCCUGAUGUCGGUGCUGAAUGAGUUUGAGGGGGAGGAGCUUCACAAAGCGGCGGCGCAACAGAUUAAAGCUCUGGUCAGGCAUUCAGUCGCAGGGAAGCGUGUGGAAGCUGCUUCCCUCUAUCCCUGUGUGAUGAAAUACCUCCCGUCACUGCUGCCUGGGCACUUCUCUGGGCUACUGGGUGGAGGCAAGAGCAUGAACAAAAGACCUGUAGCACAGUCUACACAGGCUAGACCUUCGGCACAUGCCCCCACACAGCUAGAUGAAGAUGAUGAUGAUGAUGAUGACGAAGAGGAGGAGGACAUGAAUCUCAAUUUACUGGCCAAACUGGAGGGGAUUAUCGCCACUGAUGUCUGGAAGCUGGGCUUUAACCAUGUCAUGUACAAAGAGUUGAAGUUAGUCCAUUGCGAGGCUCAGCUACGAUCCUUCCAGGAGUGUGAACUCUUCCAGCAGAUCCCUCUUAAGCAGCGUUAUGCCCUGCUGGUCUAUGAUGCUUUAAAGAGCCACUGCCACAGGACAGGCAGUACCUACAUGGAGCUCCAAGUCCUGUGUGAGAAGGUCAGGUGGAAGAGUCCUUUCCUUGGAGAGGAGGAGGUGUGGGACGCUGUCCACUUCAUGAAAGAGUUGGGUGUAGUUGUCUGCGAGCGCAGAAGGGUGGCGCUGCAGAACCUGCACUCCUAUGAGGCCGGGAUAGCCAGGUGUCUGCGUUACCUGGUGGAGGCUGAACCCUGGGUUAUACCGAUGGACGCCACCCAAGUCCUGAGCGCCGCCGCACGCCAGAGGCUGAGUAGGAAGGCCGGCGCGGAGGAGAGCGGCGGUAGAGGUGAGCCGGACUCGGUCGCCGCGGCAGAGUUAUACCCCGCCGGCGCUGCCGGCGGAUCCUCUGCCUUCGCUCCAGCCGGGCCCGACCCUUCUCACGCCCACCACGACCUCUGCCAAGCACCCGCGGACCCGGCCGACCGGCGAGCCCCUCCGCAGGUUGCGCUGGACCCGGACCAGGUGCGUGCUGUGGAGAUGAUCUGCUCCAAUCCGGUAACGGUGAUCAGCGGUAAGGGGGGCUGCGGUAAGACCACGGUGGUGAGCCUGGUGUUCAGGGCUGCCAUGCAGCAGCGGGAGAUGGACGAGGAGGUCAGCAAGGCAUGCUGGGACUUUCAGAACGACUCCAGCGGUUCUGAGGGCUGGGGGCAGGGCGGCCUCCUCUCUCCAACAGAAGGGGAGGUGAAGGAGGAGGGCGGCGCGAGGAGGUCGUCCGUUUUACGGGGGGAGGAUGAGGUCUUGCUCACGGCGCCGACCGGGAGAGCCGCCUCUCUUCUCACCAAGAAGACCUUCAAGGCUUACACCCUGCACCAGGUGCUGUGGAGUUUCAUGCUCGCCAAGAAGGAUGGGAACGGAGCUCCGGAAGACUGGAAGUUUGCCCGCGUGCGUGUGCUGGUGGUGGAUGAGGGCAGUCUGGUGUCUGUCCAGCUUCUCCACUCCGUCCUCACGAUGCUCACUCAACACGCGCAGCUCAGCAAGUUCAUCAUCCUGGGUGAUGUCCGUCAGCUGCCCAGCAUCCAGCCCGGCAACACACUGCAUGACCUCUUCCACAGUCUCGCCUCAGCACACUGGGCUAUAGAGAUGAGGACCAAUCACAGAGCAGAGUCUCAGCUCAUCGUGGAUAACGCUGGAUUAAUUUCCGAGAUGGGUAUGAAGAACUGUUCAUUCAGACCGCUCAACUAUGAUGCCGUUUUGGAUCUCCAUGGCAAAUGCACCAUUCCCUCUGAAGACAAGAGAUUCAUCCUCAUCUUGCUGCCUAGAGCUGAUGACUCCAUGACCUGGAACCUCCAGAAGGCUAUUGAAAUACUAUUGAAAGCUGACCCAGCACUGAAGAAUGACACCAUGUCACAGUUCAUCGCAUUUAGAAGGAAAGAGUGUGCCCUGAUCAAUGAACUGUGCUGCAAGCACUACAGCAAUCACUGCAUAAAAAACGCCAAGAACAGACUAGACUUCCGCCGUGGGGAUAAAGUCUGCUGUACGAAGAACGGCUACGUCACUGACUUAAACAAGCAGGGCUCACCUGAAGACGAGGACUUGGAGAGCAGCUGUGUGCCUGACAGAGCUGCGGUUCGGCAGGGACUAGCGGCACAUGACAGAGGGAGAGAGAACGAGCCCACACCGAGUAAUAAAUGUGGCGACAAAAAGAAAAUCAAAGAGAAGGAUAAAGAACGCCUGUGUAACGGAGAGAUAUUCUUCAUAAAAGAUGACGUGACACGAGUGGAGGAGGGCUCAAAACGGCGCCGGCAGAACAGGUACCUCACUCUGGAUGAUCGUGACGGCCGGACGCUGUGUGUGUCCUUCAGGGAGCUGCAGAAAGAGUGUCGACUGCAACACGCCUGGGCCAGGACUAUACACACCUUCCAGGGGUCAGAGACGGAGACCGUGGUGUACGUGCUGGGCAACGGCAGCGUUCAGACGUGGAAACACGUGUACACGGCCGUGACGCGGGGACAAAAGCGUGUGUACAUCAUAGCCGAGCGGGAGGGCAUGGCCGCGGCCGUCAAGAGGCGCAUCGUCCCACGCAACACACGGCUGGGGGCCAUGGUCAAAGAGCUCCUCUCCCAGCCCGACGGCAGCCAACCUCAGCCGGGCACGCCCCUCAGGCCGACCCCAGGCUUCAGGCCUACACAGUCCACGCCUCAGGCUUCGCAUACACCGGGCCGCUUCUUCGCAGACGCCCCAGAGAGCCCCUGCCGACCCCCAAAUGAAGCGUCCCGGGCCCCCUCCACGCCUGUCGUGGAGGCCCCGCUCGAUGGGGGUCAUGUCCAGCCGCGGUCUAAACCUGUCUUGCCCAGACAGCUGUGGAAGAAGGAUCCAUCCCCGGGCCCCAAAGCAGAUGCCCCAGGCACUUCCCUGAUGGAGGACAUCACUUUCAGUGAGACGUAUAGCUGGUCGCCAAUGAACAGCAGUGAAGAGCCCUCUCAGGAGCAACCCGGUGGGGUCUUUGAGGAGCCGGGGACCGGGGAGGAGGACCGUGGCGGCGCGGUGCCGGAUGGACUGAUGGACGGUGCUUCAGCUGCUGCGUUUGGGUCUGACUGGUCCCCAUACAAGAGGAUGCCCAGUCUCGAGGGUUUGGAGCUGGAUGCAACGCCGUCUAAAUGUCAGAAGAUGGAGCCAUUGGACUCACCGCUUGGAUGUUCCGUCUUGCAACAGCUCUCCCUCCGCUCACCCAACCAUACUCUCCGUGGCAAACGGCUCUUCCAAAAUCCCCCCGAUGAGAUGGAUUGAACCCCCCCCCCCCUGCAGAAACCUGUUUACAUUCCUUGUCUUUGUUAGGGUACUAACUUUUAAACUGUACUGUGUAUCGGUCACCAUACACAUUUAAAUUUGGCGCACAUGCUCAGGAAUCGAGUGUGGCGGUGCACCAUUGGUGGAAGACCAGAUUUUAGCUUUGUCCUUGUUAUUUGUCAAGUAGCCUAAAUGUUUUGCUCCAUUUUCGUGCCUAUGGAAGACAACCCUGUGGAGAUUUUCUUUUUAGUGAAUCAUGUUUUACAUGCUGCAGAAUUGUGCCGUGUGUCAUGUGAUUGCCCUGGUGCAGAGGUGACGUUGCAGUGGAGGCAGAUGGAUUAUAAGGCCAGGAUUCCAUCUGAUCACGCUUGUACACAGUGCCACCUCUGGCCAAACUGACGCGUUUGCGCAGGUGUCAGUUUAAUUCCUCUGAACGGCGGGUGGGAUGCAGCACAGGUUCAGAUUCAAUAAUGUCCUAAUUCACCUUGUUGCGGACCAUCAGCUGCAGUGUGGACAACGGAAAAUCCUCUUGGCUGUUUUUUAUUUUUUUUCCACUCUGUAUAUAUUUUUUUUAUUGUUUCUCUUUUCUCGGCCAUACAAAGGUUCACAGCUGUAGGAAUUCCCAAAGUUAUACAUAGACGAUAAAUAUCAUGCUACCAAAGUAUUAAAUUUGUACAAAAAUACUUUACAGUUCGUAAUACCUGUCCAUUAGAAAUAAAAAUACAAUUCUU